UCUCAAGGGUAUCCAACAUUACGUCUUGUCUGUCGUCAACCACCACCGCUUCUCGUAGAGAUCUUGGCUUGGACCAAGUCAAGUUCCCAAAAUGAGAGAAAACGCUCCAAGCAGCAUGUACGAGAAGAUAAAUUCCAACUCCUCCCCAGCAACGUCUAGACGAACAUACCGUCCCAAGCUACCAGUCUCAGUGAUUACAGCAGUCCUGUUCAUUUUGGGCAUCCAAUUUAUCAUUCUUCCGAAAUAUGUCUACCAACUGUCUCCUAGUGAGCUCCGACUCACGCAAUUCCAACUUGACGCCCUAGAUGAAGGACUUCGUAAAUGCCAAGCAGACAGAGCACCUCCGAUACAAUAUCCCGUGACGACUGCAGGUUCUCGAAGCAAUGCCCGAUGGAAUCCUAGCACUGGACAAAAUGAGACUGUCAUUUUGCGAAACGCCACUUUGUUCGACGGGGAUAAGAUCUUUGGAAAUGCCGUCGACAUCGUCUUCAAGAAAGGCAUCAUUGAGUCUGUUUCAGAUGCUGGGCAGUCAAUACUCAUACCAGGCGCCAAGGCAUUUGGCUUAGACGGCAAAUAUGUGACGCCUGGCUUAGUUGAUAUGCAUUCGCAUCAUCUCUCAAACAGUUGGCCUUUGCUCUCAUCGACAAGUGAUACCAACGAAAUGAACCCUGCUACCGGGCCUCUAACACCCUUCGUCAGAAUCGUGGACUCCUUGAAAGCUUACGAUAUUGCUACCACCAUCAUUGCUUCUGGUGGGAUCACUACUUCUCUCAUUUUGCCGGGGUCGGCGAACAUCAUGGGAGGCGAAGCUGUGGUCGUCAAGAAUGUUUUGAAGUCUGGUGAUAACGAAGAGUUUGUCGUCGAAGAACUUCUGCUUGAGCAUGGUGAGGCGGUAGAGAAUCGAAGACGGUAUAUGAAGAUGGCUUGUGGAGAGAACCCAAGACGGGUGUAUAAGCAUACUCGCAUGGGUAACGCAUAUAUCUUUAGAAAGCAGAUGGAAAGAGCGAAGGAAUUGAAGGGCAAGCAAGAUGCGUGGUGUCUUAAAGCCGCUGCUCUGAGAGAGAAAGGCAAUGUUGCUCCGAUUUCCAGCUUCUUAGAUGCAUCUUCAAGUGAUGACAGCGCCACAGACUAUCUAGAGUUUGAUUCUAGUAUUGCUAUGUUGCGAGGGAAAGUGGGUAUCAAUGUCCAUUGUUACGAGCCUGAAGAUUUUGAGGAUAUGAUCAAACACAGCAAGGAGUUUGGAUUCAGAAUUCAAGCUUUCCAUCAUGCUUUAUCUGCAUGGCAAGUGCCUGAAAUGAUCAAAGCGAGUGGCGAGAACAUUACAAUUGCUACAUUCUCUGAGUUUGGAUUCUACAAGAAAGAAGCAUAUGAAGCAAACUUAUGGGCAGGGAAGAUUCUCUCUGAUCAUGGAGUUCCUAUUGCAUACAAAUCUGACCAUGUCGAGCCUGAGACGAACGCUAAAUAUUUGCUAUUUCAAGCAGCAACUGGCCACUCGUUCCACCUUCCAGAGCUAUUGGCCUUGCAGUCUGUCACAAGCGUCCCAGCACAGUCCAUGCAGAUCGACCAUCGAGUGGGAUAUGUCAAGCCUGGUUAUGAUGCAGAUCUUGUUGUCUGGGACUCCCAUCCGCUGUUGGUUGGAGCUACUGCAUUACAGGUCUACAUCGACGGGAAGCCCACCUUGGACCCUAAGAAAGUCGAAGAGAGUUUAUCCAGCGUUCAGGCUGCUACCUCUCAGGAUAUGAGUGUACCGCUGAUGCGAAAGGUUAUUUCUUCAGACAUCAAGGAGGAGUUCUGCAGUAAUGUCAAGAAAUCUGGGACGAAGUUUACUAUCACUGGAAUCAAAACCUCUUACUUGGAAGGACAUGCUGCAGCAGCAAUAGCAUCCGUCAACCUUACGAUGGUGGUUGACGAUGGCAAAAUCGUAUGCUUUAACUCGCCUUCGAACUGUGCCAGCAUCAGUGCAGACAGUCCUGUUAUUGCUCUCGAGAAUGGGCAUGUACUCCCGGGACUCACAGCAGUUUCUGUUCAGCUUGGCCUGGCAGAAAUUACCACGGACAGUGCAACGUCUGAUGGAGAGAUCAAGAAAUCGGCUGGCUCUGACCCAAAGCAUGCCGUUUAUGCUAAGUACGGUGUUCAUCUCGAAGGUAGAGGCUUUGCGAGAGCCAGAAUUGGAGGCGUAACCAGAGCAAUCACUGCUCCUAUGUCUGAAGGCUUCACGGCAGGUAUCAGUGCUGGUAUCAAGACCAGUGGGAAGAAGACAAUUUUGAAUGGUGGAAUUUUCCAAGAUGAUGUCGCCCUACACUUUUCCAUUGGACAGUCCUCAAAGGGAACUGAUUCAUUGCCAACACUUUCGUCUGAGAUUUCGAAAUUACGCGAGAUUCUUGUUGAGAAUGACAAGAAAGAUAACAUUUAUGGCAAAGCUAUCAACGGAACGAUUCCACUCGUUGUACACGCUGAUAACGAGUACGAUAUCAUGCAACUUAUCAAGAUCAAGCAAGACAACCCAGUUCUCAAUCUAGUUAUUCACGGAGGCUAUGGAGCUGCACUUGUCGCGAAUGAGCUUGCUGAGGCCAAGAUCCCCGUAAUACUCACCGCCAACCGCGGUGCUCCAGCUGCCUUCGAAGCUCGUUUCUCACUGCCAGGGCCACCUCUCAGCAGAUCUCCCGCAGCAGUUCUCACUGAAGCAGGGGUGAAGUACGCACUAUCGAUAUUCGGCGAAGGUGAAACAUCGCAUAUACACAACAUACCCAUUGAAGCUGGCUGGGCAGCAAAGUAUGCGGGAUUGUCUGCUAAGCAAGCCGUGAAUCUCGUCUCGAGGAACGUAGAAGACAUUCUUGGGCUCGAAGUUGACGAGACGAAGAGAGAUUUUGUGGUCUGGGAAGGCAAUCCGCUAGGGCUUGGAGCAACCGUUGUAGUGGGUGUUGAUGGUGAAGAUAGGGUGGUGAGUAUGUGCUGGCCCGAGUCGAACUAAUAUUCUGCUCGAAAUAGAGGAACUUCCUUCACCGGUAAUGGGGGCCAAGACGAAGUACCGAAGCACCAGGAAGCAGCGAAUAUGUGGACGACCUUGGACUUGGGUUUCAUCGCUGUUGGGUAUCAGAAAUACUAAGAAUAGCAGUACAGUAGAUUGAAUAAAUAGAAAGCUGGGUAAGAAGCCAACUGCGUCGAUUUAAUGUUCAUAAUGGAGAGGGAGUUCGC